AUGCAGUCUUGUAGGAGACAUUCCACCCUCUUGUGGGCAAUUGUUCUGUCUUGGAGCAUCAUCUGCGUAAGCGUUUUUGCCACAUCAGCUGAGCGGCAGGGAGACCUGUCAGACUAUGAGUUGGCCAGCUUUGGCAAUCCUGAUAUUUUGGAUGAACCCAAAAGACGUGUAUCAAAGUUCAACCAUUUUACCUUGAGUGACCAUGGCGAUGUGUAUGUUGGAGCUGUCAAUUGGUUGUACAGGUUGGACAGUAGUUUGGAAGAGAUACAGAUUGUUUCAACCUGUGAUGACAGCAGGCCAGAUAGUGUGAUGCCCUGUCACCUUACAAAUAACUACAACAAGAUACUGGUAGUUGACAGUACUCGGCCAAACAGUUUGAUAACCUGCGGCGGUGUGUAUGAUGGUAUUUGUCAGUUACGACAGUUACAGGAUAUUAGGAACUUGAUGAUGGAAUCUGUUCCUUACGUUGCUGGGUUUGAGGACGCAUCUACUGUUAGUCUGAUUGCUCCAGGAAGAGGUGGACAACAGAUGCUUUAUGUGGCUGUUACGUUUACUGGGGAACAUAUUGAUUCUGCAGGAUUCUUUCCAGCAAUUACAAGAAGAAGCCUAGGCAGUCCCUUUUUAUCAGCAUUCAUAACGGAUAAAGUCUCUUUCAAUAGCGAGGCAAAUAUGGACUCUUAUACCAUAAAGUCUGUUGUGACUUUCGAGCUUGACGGAUUCACAUAUUUAGUUGCCUCUCAGAAAGAGGAUUUGAAUUCUGCACAGUUUGUUUCCAAGAUCAACAGAGUCUGUCAAGGCGGUCUAAACCUAGACGCUUACACAGAAAUUACCCUACAGUGCAGUGGAUCCGAUAGCAGUGUGUACAGCUUGGUGCAAGCAGCUCACUUUGGACCAGCAGGACCUGAUCUAGCGGCAUCAUUGGGUCUCCAUGCAGACGAGCAGGUGCUGUAUGCUGUGUUUGCCAAGAACCAAGGAUCUCCGGGUACCAGUGAUGUUCCCAUCGAUCAGUCAGCAUUGUGUGUGUACAGGAUGACGGAUAUCUUGGAUGCCUUCAGAGAAGCAGUGCGGGGAUGCAUUCAGGAUGGAAAUACGUACUCUGUUGACUAUUUGGAGGGUUCUUUUUGCAAAAGUUUCGGGAUUCCCAUUCUGGAUCGCUAUUUCUGCAUAACAGUGACCGAUGAUUCAAAUCAAACGCCAUUAUUCAAGUACGCCAAUGGCAUAGCCCCUGUUCCAUCCACGGCAAUUCUAGAGCUGCCUGGUACUCUCAUGUCAUCCAUCAUAACCACUACUGAAGUCAACUACACCAUCGCUUUAAUCGGAACAUCGAGUGGAGAUCUACUCAAGGUAAAUAAUCCCUAA